AUGCUGUGCGCUGGGCGGCUGUGCGGCUUCCGAGCUCCGGCAGCAGCUUUGCAGCUGCUGCACGCUGGGCGCUGCUGCCUCGUAGCCGGGAGCCGGGCCCGAGGGGUCAGCACCAGCUGGUCCCCGGUGGGCGCCGCCUUCAAUGUCAAACCCCAGGGCCGCGGUCUGGACCUGUUCGGCGAGCGCCGGGGCCUUUUUGGAGUUCCUGAGCUUAGUGCCCCAGAAGGAUUUCGUGUUGCACAAGAAAACGCCUUGAAAAAAACGAAAGUGCUCAUGGACCUGGCGUGCAAGACCCUGCCGGGGCCGCUGACCGUGUCCAUUUUUGAUGAGCUGUCCGAUUCCUUGUGCAGAGUGGCCGACCUGGCCGAUUUUGUGAAAAUUGCCCACCCGGACCCAGCAUUCCGAGAGGCUGCGGAAGAAGCCUGCAGGAGUAUCGGCACUGUGGUGGAAAAGUUGAACACAAACGUGGAGUUAUAUCAGAGUUUGCAGAGAUUGCUGGCUGAUGAGAAACUUGUGGAAGCCCUUGACCCAGAAACGAGGCGAGUGGCUGAACUGUUUAUGUUUGAUUUUGAAAUCAGUGGGAUCCAUUUAGACAAAGAAAAGCGUAAAAGAGCAGUGGACCUCAAUGUCAAAAUCUUGGACUUGAGUAGCAUGUUCCUCAUGGGAACCAACGUCCCAAACAAGAUUGGGAAGCACGUCCUCCCGGAACACAUCCGCCGUCACUUCAUCCUCGAUGGUGAACACGUGAUCGUCGACGGUCUGCAUGCCGAGGCACCUGAUGACGUGGUGCGAGAAGCGGCAUAUAAAAUUUUUCUUUAUCCCAAUGGUGGUCAACUGAACUGUUUAGAAGAAUUACUCAGCAACAGAGACCUUCUGGCGAAGUUAGUGGGGUAUUCCACGUUUGCCCACCGGGCUCUCCAGGGAACCAUAGCCAAGACUCCAGAGACUGUCAUGCAGUUCCUUGAGAAGCUAUCAGACCAACUUUCCGAAAGAGCCGUAAAGGAUUUUGAGAUGAUACGAAGAAUGAAAACGAAGCUAAAUCCUCAGAAUGCUGAAUUAAUGCCUUGGGACCCGCCCUACUACAGUGGUGUGCUUCGUGCGGAGAGGUACAAUAUCGAGCCUGGUUUGUAUUGCCCGUUUUUCUCCCUUGGCGCAUGCAUGGAAGGCCUGAAUAGUUUGUUUAACCAGCUGUUAGGGAUUUCAUUGUACGCGGAGCAGCCUGCACACGGAGAGGUGUGGUGUGAAGACAUCCGAAAACUGGCUGUGGUUCAUGAAGCUGAAGGACUGCUGGGAUACAUUUACUGUGAUUUUUUUCAGCGAGCACAUAAGCCACAUCAGGAUUGCCAUUUCACAAUCCGUGGAGGCAGAUUGAAGGAGAAUGGAGACUAUCAGCUUCCAGUUGUGGUUCUGAUGCUGAACCUUCCCCAGUCGUCAAGGAGCGCACCAACGUUACUAACUCCUGGGAUGAUGGAAAACCUUUUCCAUGAAAUGGGGCAUGCCAUGCAUUCUAUGCUGGGACGCACACGUUACCAGCACGUCACCGGGACCAGAUGCCCCACUGAUUUUGCUGAGGUUCCUUCAGUUUUGAUGGAGUACUUUGCAAAUGAUUAUCGAGUGGUUAACCAGUUUGCCAGGCAUUAUCAAACCGGGCAGCCACUGCCAAAAAAUAUGGUGUCUCGCCUCUGUGAGUCGAAGAAGGUCUGUGCCGCUGCUGAGAUGCAACUUCAGGUCUUCUACGCUGCUCUGGAUCAGAUCUACCAUGGGAGGCAUCCCCUGAGGAGAUCAACCACAGACAUCCUGAAGGAGACACAGGAGAAAUUUUACGGCUUACCCUACGUUCCCAACACUGCGUGGCAGCUGCGAUUCAGCCACCUGGUGGGCUAUGGUGCCAAAUACUACUCUUACUUGAUGUCCAGGGCAGUGGCUUCCAUGGUUUGGAAAGAAUGUUUUCUACAGGAUCCUUUCAACAGGGCCAUGGGUGAGCGUUACCGCCGGGAGAUGCUGGCCCACGGAGGCGGCAAGGAGCCCAUGCUCAUGGUGGAAGGUGUGAGGUGGCAGCUCACCUACAAGCACAGUUUCAAUGUGCUGUGUUAG